GUCGGUAGCUAGAUGUUUUCUUACAGACGAUAUGAGGAAUGAGAUUGUCAACACACACAACACAUUACGUAGAAACUUUGCUCAUGGAUCGGAAGGUGUUUUGGUUGCUAACAUGAAAAAACUGGUGUGGAAAAGUAGUUUAGAGGAAGAAGCACGAAGGAAACUUAGAUUACAUUGUAGACUGUCAUUUUUUCACUUUCCAAACUCUAAUAAAUUCUCAAAUAUAGCAAGAGAUUCAAGUGGAAAUUUUACAAGUGAUAUUUUAAACUGGUUUAGUGGUAUAAAAACAAGGUUUUACCCGGACUAUAAUCUUUGUUAUCCAUUAGAAGAGUGUGGGCAAGCUACAGCGGUAAGUAUUUUGACCUACACCUUGAUAUACGUUGUGACAUCUCUUGCUUUUUACCUUGGUGUGUAAUUUUGUUUAUGUUGUUAUA